CUCCAUACUUUGUUAACAUGGGGUUGACGGUCACGGUGUUUGAUACUACAGCGGUAGGGAGCAGGGUGUACACCGUCAGUGUGUGGGACCCCGACAGGCGGGAGGAUCUCAUCGUAACUCCAACCACCUCAGCCGCCCACCUCAACUAUCAGAGCGGUUACAUUGUCACCGAGUCGGCGUUGUCAGUUGGUACGUACUCGCUCUCACUCAGUGUGACUGACACUUGUCAGAACUCGGCAGCAGCAACGAUAACAGUCCAAGUUAUAAACACGCCUCCCAUUAUUACCAAUUUGCCGGACAGUUGUCUUAUACACGAGGACACAGUGAACCGCUUACGACUGUUUACGUUAAGUACGUCUGACCGCCAGUCGGAUGUUGUCACGUGUGAAUUGUCCUCUACGUCGCCAUCCAACGCACCGUUUGAAGUUCAGCAGAUCCAAGGAACAACAGAUUAUGGAAUAUUUUCUCUGCCCAAUCCAAACCUAAGUUUUGAUACAGUUAAACAAUAUAAAACUGUGGUGUCUUGUUCCGACGUAACUGGUGGAGCAACUUCCGGGGAAUUCUAUGUUGACAUCCAGAAAAACACGCCACCAGUCAUAAAAAAUCUGCCUGCUGAAGUUACUCUAAAUGCCUCUAGUGUACAUGCGGGGGACGUAAUAUUUACUGUUAGAACUCAUGAUGACGAGAACGACACGCUGACCUUUACAAUGAGUCCGAACAGUGCUCCAUUCCAAAUACUCAACUAUGGCGAUAUUCAGGUGACAAGAGACCUGUCGGAGGUUUUCCAGGCAGGAUAUGAUUUGUCCAUCACUGUAGCGGACGUUCGUACAACUAUACCAGCCAGAGUUUUAUCUAUCCAUUUACAAAGCAAGAAUAAUAAUAUAAUUGCUUAAAGGAAAAUCUGUAACACAUUG